ACUUUCCUCCUUCGACGACUUCUCUCAACCCUACCUUUGAGUUCCUCGUACUCAAAGACUUUUGAUCUCGUCACGGUCGCUUCGCUUUGUUCGUUGCCCCGUCUUCUUUGUUCGCUCAAGGUCGAGUACCACGCGAACUUUGUCCACUGUCGGCUUCAUAAACAGGUCUUUACCCAAACCUAGAAAACCCGACAUUCACAAUGGCCGCCAACGCUGCUCCCGGCGCUGUUGACCAGCUCGCCAACGACCUCAACAACACCUCUCUCAACGGUGGUGACGCUAAGGCUCCUGCUGUCGACACCGGUGUCGCUGCCGCCGCUGACGAUGCUGCUGCUCCUACCCCCACCUCCGCUGCUCCUCACCCCCAGAACUCUGCCUCUCUCUACGUUGGCGAGCUUGACCCCUCCGUCACCGAGGCUAUGCUCUUCGAGCUCUUCUCUCAGAUCGGUGCCGUCGCCUCUAUCCGUGUCUGCCGUGAUGCCGUCACCCGCCGCUCCCUUGGUUAUGCCUAUGUCAACUACAAUGCUACUGCCGAUGGUGAGAAGGCUCUUGAGGAGCUCAACUACACCCUGAUCAAGGGCCGUCCCUGCCGCAUCAUGUGGUCCCAGCGUGACCCUGCUCUUCGCAAGAACGGACAGGGCAAUGUUUUCAUCAAGAACCUCGAUGUCGCUAUUGACAACAAGGCUCUUCACGACACCUUCGCUGCUUUUGGUAACAUUCUGAGCUGCAAGGUCGCACAGGACGAGAACGGUAACUCCAAGGGCUACGGUUUCGUUCACUACGAGACUGAUGAGGCUGCCUCCCAGGCUAUCAAGCACGUCAACGGUAUGCUUCUCAACGAGAAGAAGGUUUACGUUGGCCACCAUAUCCCCAAGAAGGACCGCCAGAGCAAGUUCGAGGAGAUGAAGGCCAACUUCACCAAUGUCUACGUCAAGAACAUUGCCCCUGACGUUACUGAGGAUGAUUUCCGUGAGCUCUUUGAGAAGUUCGGUGACGUCACCUCUGCCUCCCUCGCCCGUGAUCAGGAGGGCAAGAGCCGAGGUUUCGGUUUCGUCAACUUCACCACUCACGAGAGUGCCUCAAAGGCUGUUGACGACCUCAACGGCAAGGAUUUCCAUGGUCAGGAUCUGUACGUUGGCCGCGCCCAGAAGAAGCACGAGCGCGAGGAGGAGCUCCGCAAGUCUUAUGAGGCCGCUCGCCUGGAGAAGGCCAACAAGUACCAGGGCGUUAACCUCUACAUCAAGAACCUCGAUGACGACGUUGACGAUGAUAAGCUCCGCCAGAUGUUCUCCGAGUUCGGUCCCAUCACCUCCGCCAAGGUGAUGCGCGAGACCCCUACUGAGGGCGAUGAGGACAAGAAGGAGGAGACUCAGGAUGACAAGGAGAAGGAGAACAAGGAGGAGUCCAAGGAGGAGUCCAAGGAGGAGUCCAAGGAAGAGCCUAAGGAGGAGACCAAGGAGGGUGAGGAGGCUAAAGAUGAUAAGAAGACUGAGAAGAAGUCGGACAAGAAGCUCGGUAAGAGCAAGGGCUUCGGAUUCGUCUGCUUCAGCAACCCCGACGAUGCUACCAAGGCUGUCGCUGAGAUGAACCAGCGUAUGAUUAACAACAAACCCCUGUACGUCGCUCUGGCCCAGCGCAAGGAUGUUCGAAAGAGCCAGCUUGAGGCUAGCAUCCAAGCUCGCAACCAACUCCGUAUGCAGCAGGCCGCCGCCGCCGCCGGUAUGCCCCAGCAGUACAUGCAACCCCCUGUUUACUUUGCUCCUGGCCAGCAGCCCGGCUUCAUGCCUCAGGGUGGUCGUGGUGUUCCUUUCCCUCAGCCUGGUAUGGGAAUGCCCGGUGUUCAGGGUGGCCGUCCCGGUCAGUUCCCUGGUUACCCUCAGCAGGGUGGUCGUGGCGGUGUUCCUCAGCAGAUGCCUCCCAACAUGUACGGCAUGCCUGGCCAGUUCCCUCCCCAGUUUGGCCAGCCCGGUACUCCUCAGUUCAUGGCUGCUAUGCAGGCUCAGCAAGCCGCUCUUGGUGGCCGUGGCGCUCCUCAGGGCGGUCGUGGUGGUCCUCAGAACAUGCCCGGUGGUCCUCCCAUGGCUGGCGGUAUGGCUGGUUUCCCUCCUAACAACCGCCAGCAGGGUGGCCGAGGUGGACCUGGACGCAACGGCAACGCACCUCAAGGUGGUCGUGGUGCCGAGGGUGCCGGUCCCAAUGUGCUCCAGCAGCAGCUUGCUGCCGCUCCUCCCGCUCAGCAGAAGCAGAUCCUCGGUGAGCUGAUCUUCCCCAAGAUCCAAGCCAUUAACGGUGAGCUUGCUGGCAAGAUUACCGGUAUGCUCCUAGAGAUGGACAACGCCGAGCUUGUCAACCUUAUCGAGGACGAUGCCGCUCUGAAGGCCAAGGUCGAUGAGGCCCUGGCUGUCUAUGACGAGUACGUCAAGGCUCAGGGCAGCGAGGGCGGUGAGCCCAAGAAGGAGGAGGAGACCAAGGCUUAAGCCAUCUCCCAAUUUCAUCAAAUUCUAUUAUUUUCCUUUUUUCAUGGUUAUCUGACUGGGCAACCCCCUCAAAUGGAACGACGAAUGCCUCUACAAGGCAAUUUAUGGAACAAUCAGCAACGAAACAUGCUUUACGACCUUGUGUUACCCAACCCGAGGGGGCGCAUUAUGUACAGAUAGACUUGGUUGCUAUUUCUUCUCAGGAAGGGAAACUCAAAAGUUUGGGGACUUUACGGUGGCUGGCUCUCGUCGCGAACCGUCGCUUGCUCACAGCAACGGCGUCGGCGCUUUCGGGGGAACCCACCAGGACGGCGUUGAAGGUUUUCUGACACACUGGCUGUUGGCCUAUACCCCCCUACCAAUGGUCCUCGUUUGCAGGCAUGAUCAACGCAGAGGUUUUAUGCGGUUAGGGUUUCU